AUGGAUGAACAUAAAGGACAUGAUACAGUACCAGCUGCAGCAGAACGAGCUGAGAAACAGAAGAAGCUAAUGGAAACCAAGACACAACUCCAGCAGAGAAUCCAGGAGAGAGAGAAGGAGGUGGAGGAGCUGAGGAAGGCUGUGGAGUCUCACAAGAGCUCUGCUCAGACUGCAGUGGAGAACACUGAGAAGAUCUUUACUGAACUGAUCAGCUCCAUUGAGCGAAGACGCUCUGAGAUAUCAGAGCUGGUCAGAGCUCAGGAGGAGGCUGCAGUGAGUCGAGCUGAAGGAGCCCUGAGGAGACUGGAGCAGGAGAUCUCUGAGCUGAGGAGGAGAAACACUGAGCUGGAGCAGCUUUCACUCACUGAGGACCACAUCCAUUUCCUCCAGCCCGACCGGCUUCUUCAUCCUGCAUUCGCCGCUCGGCCACGCCCCCCUCUCCACAUACCCCCAUGCCCGACACAGGCCGGGCAGCCAUCGGGCCGACACCCCACUCCCCCUCCCACUCGAGCGGGAGAGGAAGUUGGCCACCACCAUCUGAGACCCCGGCCUGUGAAUCACUUCAAAUCUAAAGCUCGAUCAGGGGAGGUGGGUGGCGAUGUGGGAACCCGGACCAAUGUUCCAACCUCCAUGUGGUGGCACUGGUCCUGGAAAUGUCCGGGCUCCCCACAUCGCCAACACACCUGCCCAGGCUUCACCCCAGCUCUCGUGGGCUCAGCUGUUGCCCCCUGUGUAGAGAGAGAAGCACCACCAGGUCGAGCACCUCCUCGGAAUCGCAUUCUUCGGACAAGAGCCACCUCCUGCAGGAAUCGCGGAGCUGCUCCUGCUUCUCCGUCCUGCAUUCGACAUUCACCCAUGCCCCCCUCUCCACACUGGGUCUGUGUGUGUGUGUGUGUGUGUGUGUGUGUGUGUACAGAUGCUGUUGAUCUCACUCUGGAUCCAAACACAGUGAACAGUGGUCUCUCUCUGUCUGAGGGGAACAGAAAGGUGGAGUGGGUGGGAGAAGAUCAGCCGUAUCCAGAUCAUCCAGACAGAUUUGAUCACUGGCCGCAGGUUCUGAGUGUGGAGGGUCUGACUGGACGCUGUUACUGGGAGGUUCAGUGGAGCGGAGAUGGAGCUGGAAUAUCAGUAUCAUACAGAGGAAUCAGGAGGAAAGGAGGCAGUGAUGACUGUGUGUUUGGAUGCAGUAAUCAGUCGUGGAGUCUGAUCUGCUCUAAUAACAGUUACUCUGUCUGGCACAAUAAUCAGAGCACUGUCCUACCCGCCCCCCCCUCCCCCUCUAACAGAGUAGGAGUGUAUCUGGACUGGGGGUCCGGCACUCUGUCCUUCAACACCAUCUCCCCUGAUAGACACACACUGACCCACCUACACACACUCACCACCACAUUCACUGAACCGCUCUACACUGGAUUCAGUAUUUAUUAUAACUCCUCAGUGAGUCUGUGA